CGGAGUUUUUCAGCAUUAGCAUAAAGUGGAUUUGUUUUGGGCGCUCACAAACGAUGGCUUCUCAAACUCACAAGAAGAAAGUCUGCUAUUAUUAUGACGGUGACAUUGGAAACUACUACUAUGGACAAGGUCACCCCAUGAAGCCCCACAGAAUACGAAUGACACACAAUCUUAUCCUCAACUAUGGACUAUACAGGAAGAUGGAGAUUUAUAGGCCCCACAAAGCCACAGCUGAAGAAAUGACCAAAUUCCACAGUGAUGAUUACAUCAAGUUUUUACGCAGCAUUCGUCCAGACAACAUGUCAGAAUACAACAAACAGAUGCAGCGGUUCAAUGUUGGUGAAGAUUGUCCAGUGUUUGAUGGGAUGUACGAGUUCUGUCAGCUUUCUACUGGAGGCUCUGUAGCUGGUGCCGUCAAACUGAACAAACAGGCAGCUGAUAUUGCUGUCAACUGGGCAGGAGGUCUUCACCAUGCCAAGAAAUCAGAGGCCUCUGGCUUCUGUUAUGUCAAUGACAUUGUGUUGGCUAUCUUGGAACUUCUGAAGUACCACCAGCGUGUGUUGUAUGUGGACAUUGACAUCCAUCAUGGUGAUGGUGUAGAGGAAGCUUUCUACACAACAGACCGUGUCAUGACUGUAUCAUUCCAUAAGUAUGGUGAAUACUUCCCUGGUACAGGAGAUCUCAGGGACAUUGGGGCUGGUAAGGGGAAGUACUACGCUGUGAACUUCCCCCUCAGAGAUGGAAUCGAUGAUGAAUCAUAUGAGAGUAUUUUUAAACCGGUGAUCAUGAAAGUGAUGGAGAUGUACCAGCCCAGUGCUAUUGUACUUCAGUGUGGAGCAGACUCUUUGUCUGGUGAUCGACUUGGAUGCUUCAACCUCACCCUCAAAGGGCAUGGAAAGUGUGUUGAGUACAUGAAGAAGUGGAACCUGCCAGUGCUACUGCUCGGAGGAGGAGGUUACACCAUCAGGAAUGUUGCCCGCUGCUGGACAUUUGAGACAUCCAUAGCCCUUGCCGUGGAUAUGGCUAAUGAGCUGCCAUAUAAUGACUACUUUGAAUAUUAUGGACCAGACUUCAAACUGCAUAUCAGCCCUUCCAAUAUGGCCAAUCAGAACACAACAGAAUACCUGGAUAAAAUCAAGACUCGUUUGUUUGAAAAUCUAAGGAUGCUUCCUCAUGCACCAGGUGUUCAGAUGCAAGCUAUACCAGAGGAUGCUAUCCAAGAUGAUAGUGAAGAUGAGGAGAAGGAAAACCCUGAUGAGAGGAUUUCAAUUCGAGCCAGUGACAAGAGAAUUGCAUGUGAUGAGGAUCUGUCAGACAGUGAGGACGAAGAUGGAAUUGGACGCAGAGACAGAAUGAACUACAAACCAAAACCCAAGCGAGCUCGUAAUGAAGAUGAGAAGAAAGAUGGAGAUAAAGACUCAAAAGAUGACAAGAAGGAUGUCAAGAAAGAGCCUGGUGAGGCCAAGGAUGAGAGCAAGCAGGCUGCAGGUGAUGAUAAGAGUGAAGGAGGUGAAAAGAAAGAGGCUGCCAAAGAAGCUGGUGCUCCCGAAAGUAAGGAGUCAGACCAGAGCAGCCAGGAACCCACCAAGAUGGAACAUUGAGCUUCGUAAUCAUUAGGACAUGGAUUAAGGCACAGCUGUAUAAACUCACUUCAUCCUGUUGAUGGUGUAUCAGUCACCAUUCACUAUGGUUGUAAGACAGAAAAUAGGAUACAGCUGUUUAUGUGCUGGUGAUGUAUGACGGCACUCAUACUACGAUGGUACUGUUUCCUGGACAAUCCUUUUCCGGUGGAAUGAAUUGUAAUGAACAAAUGUGCUACUUCUCAAAGCUCGUGCAGCUAUAAGUCAGGUUGUUGUAUGUCUGUGAACAGACAACCAGAUUGUUAUCAUGAGACACAGCAUAUCAUUUUUAUCUUGCUCAUUCAUCAUCUUUAACCUUCAUAUAUUUCCAUGAUAUUUUGUAUUUUUAGGUGUGUUACCAUGUAAUGAGGUUGACAUCUCUCAAUUGUCACAGGGACGUUUUGGAAAUGUUUUGUAUCUCGGACGCAUGUCUCCAUCAGUGCUAUGUAUUCACCAUGACAUCUUGCCUUGGAUUUGAACUCCAUCCAUCUGUUAUCAUUCACACACAGCUGACAACUCAUUACGUUGCUUUGACACAUGCUCAGACCACUCCUUUGAUGCAUUCUCAGAUGUUGGUUCAAUGAAACUGUUUGCCCUGGUUAAAAUUUUGGAUUUUUGGAAAGUUUAUUGGUGGACAUUUGACAUACUGUUUUUGAAAUGAAGAUUUCAAUAAGUAUUCAGUGUAAAGGAUUUAUGACUCUUCUCGACUUUUGUGGGAAGACAGGAGACCUGUAGUAUAGCCGAGAAGGCAAUGGGUUUCAUUUAAAUGAUAUUAAAGUAUUAAAGGAAUUGAGGGACAGGUAGGGUUUAUGGUAUCUGCCAGAAGCAUGCAAGUCCUAAAUGGUUAAAAUUAGAAGGAACCAUUAAGUUAUUACUGACAAAGAUGGUAAUAAGUGUACAUAAUAAUAAUUGUCUUUGUUACUGCAUCAACUGACUUAUAAUCAUGAUCACAAACAAAUUGGUUUUAGAAAAUUCUUAAUACAUCCAAAGAGGAUCAAGUUUUCAAAAUUGUAAAAACAGUUAAUCUAUCUUGGAUGUAUUGUUUGUAAAUGAAAGGCUGUACAUAGAAUGUGUUUGUAUUUUGUAACUGCACACUGUUUGGAAUUUAUGCUUUUGUCUCUUAGUAUUGUAUUUAUCUCUUGAUCUGGGUAAUUAAUCAAGUCUUAAAACAGUGAAUCCUACUUGUUUUAUUUGGGGUGAUAUGUUCUGGUCUAGUCAGUUCCAAGCUUGUUGCCAAGUCAUAGCUGGAACAGAAAUGAGCCCAUUUCUUGACCAUGUUGAUGCAUGUACAAUAUCAUAUUACUACAAUGUUUGGGGACAAAUUAGUAUUUUUGUCUUUACUUUUGUACAUAUCUUUCAGCUUGGCAAAUAUCAUGUUUAGUCUUAUGGACCUGGACAUUAUUCAAUUUUGGAUUUUUGGACUUUCAUACUAAUUUUCCUUAGUUUUAUGAAGAAUCAUUUUCAUUUUGAAUGGAAACACUCAUUGAAACUCACUGUAAUAAACAUCUGAAAGUA